AAAAAGUGCGCUAUGGCUGUUGAAGUAUUCUUCUGGAAGAUAAAAUUUCUGAAGCUGCUUUUACUGCUCUGCAUUCUUGGUCUAUGCAUUGAUGAAGGAUACACCAAAGAUAAAUCUGCCAAGAAGGGCAAGAAGAAGGGCAAACAGGUUUACUGCCCAUCGCAGCUUUCAUCAGAAGACCUUGCUCGGGUUCCUGCCAACUCCACAAGUAACAUCCUUAAUCGGCUUCUAGUCAGCUAUGACCCUCGAAUCCGGCCUAAUUUUAAAGGAACGCCUGUGGAAGAUCGGGUCAACAUUUUCAUCAACAGCUUUGGCUCUAUCCAGGAAACCACCAUGGACUAUCGAGUGAAUAUUUUCCUGCGACAACGUUGGAAUGACCCACGCUUACGGCUUCCUCAGGACUUUAAGUCUGAGUCUCUCACUGUCGACCCGAAAAUGUUCAAAUGUCUGUGGAAACCUGAUCUUUUCUUUGCCAAUGAGAAAAGCGCCAAUUUUCAUGAUGUCACACAAGAGAAUAUACUUCUUUUCAUCUUCCGGAAUGGAGAUGUUCUUAUCAGUAUGAGGUUAUCAGUGACUCUUUCUUGUCCUCUGGACUUGACUCUUUUUCCGAUGGACACACAAAGGUGCAAGAUGCAACUGGAGAGCUUUGGCUACACAACGGAUGAUUUGCAGUUCAUGUGGCAGUCAGGAGAUCCAGUACAGAUGGAAGAGAUUGCUCUGCCUCAGUUUGAUAUCAGACAAGAAGAUACUGAAUAUGGAAACUGCACCAAAUAUUAUGCAGGCACAGGCUACUACACCUGUGUGGAAGUCAUCUUCACUCUGAGAAGGCAGGUGGGCUUCUACAUGAUGGGCGUUUACGCUCCCACUCUGCUUAUCGUUGUGCUUUCAUGGCUUUCAUUUUGGAUAAAUCCAGAUGCUAGUGCUGCUCGAGUACCUCUGGGUAUCCUCUCAGUGCUCUCUCUUUCUUCUGAGUGUACUUCACUGGCUUCUGAGCUGCCCAAGGUGUCGUACGUAAAGGCCAUUGAUAUCUGGCUGAUUGCAUGUUUGCUGUUUGGGUUUGCGUCUCUGGUGGAGUAUGCCGUAGUGCAGGUGAUGCUCAACAGCCCGAAAUUGCUGGAGGCUGAAAAAGCUAAGAUUGCAAGUAGAGAGAAAGCAAUGGCGAAUAAAUUGAACAGCCUGAAUGGCACCGGAGGAACACCACUGCAUAUCACCACUUUACAGGUAACAGAGACAAGAUGUAAAAAGGUCUGUACCUCGAAGUCUGACCUGCGUUCCAGUGACUUCAGCAUUGUUGGCUCUCUGCCACGGGAUUUUGAGCUCUCGAACUUUGACUGCUACGGGAAGCCCAUCGAUGUGGGAAAUGCUGCAGGAAAAUCACAGGCUAAAAAUAACAAGAAACCUCCGCCUGCUAAACCUGUGAUUCCAUCCGCUGCCAAACGUAUUGAUCUGUAUUCCCGUGCCCUCUUCCCUUUCUCCUUCCUUUUCUUUAACAUUAUAUACUGGUCUGUGUACCUGUAAAUCUCUAUUGCUUUCUUUCUAUUUAAACUUUUAUCCUUUAUUCUUCUAUAGUGGGUAGCACCUAGUUCAUACCUCAGGCAUCAAACAGAACAGUUCUAUACCCAUUAAUGUACAGAGAUAAUGAGAAAGA